AUGUUCCUUUCUCUUCCUACGCUCACCGUCCUCAUCCCGCUGAUUUCUCUGGCCGGACUUUUCUACUCGGCCUCAGUGGAGGAAGACUUUCCGCAGGGCUGCACCAGCACAAGCAGCCUCUGCUUCUACAGCCUGCUCCUGCCCAUCACCAUCCCGGUGUACGUAUUCUUCCACCUUUGGACCUGGAUGGGGAUUAAACUCUUCAGGCACAACUAGGGCCACCAGAGCCAUGCUGCAUUCUGGGUGCUCGUCUCUCAAAGUUCAGCUAGGUGCAGAUGCUGGAGACCCAUUUUCUCGGCAGCCAAGCUGCCUCUCCCUUCUCAGGAUGGAGCCUGCCAGAGACUGAAGCUGCAGAAGCUGCUUCUGUGGUCCUAGAGCUGAGGGGCCUAACUGGGUGUCAGAAGGAGCAUCACCUCGUCAUCAUCUCCUGAUCGGUUCUCCCUGCAUUUAUCUGAAAGUCAUUUGCAAUUUUGUUUGUUUAGCUUCAGGGUUGCUGGGAAAGUCAUGUGGUAGGCAUGACUGAAAUAAUCCCAAAGGACCUGUGUUGGUUAUAGAGAAAGGUAUUUGAACUAAAACUGUGUAAUAAACUGGAAAUUUCAUGUACUGAACAAAAAUUCUGAGCUUGUAAAUUUCUUUGGUACCAAAUGCUUAUAUAAUUACUAAUAAAAUAAGAUGAUAAUUUACCAUUAAA